AUGUCAGCCUUCACUCCGGAGGAGCUAGUGUACCUCGAAGCACAUAAAGACGAAACAAGAGUAUCGGAGAUCCAUUGGGUGUACAGUGUACCCAUCGCCUUCGGAAUCCUUUCGACAUCAGCGAGGCUCUGGGCGAAGAGCUCGGGUCGAAAUGGCAUCACAUUGGAUGACUGGCUCAUUGUAGUCGCGACAAUAUGUCUAGUAGGCGAAUGUGCCGCCGGUUUGGGCUAUGGACCACCUCACGGUAUGGGACGACAUGUUAUCGUCGUAUCUCCACAUGACCAGUCGAUGGUUCGCAAAGGCGAUUACGUAUUCAGCCAUUUUUAUGAUUUUGCGCUCGUUUUCGUCAAACUUGGGAUACUGGCCUUUUACCAUCGUGUUUUCGUCGUUCCGCUGUUCCGCAAGGUCGUCAUUGCAACUACAGCCUUCGUUAUCGCAUGGGGAAUUGGUAUCACUGUCACAUUAAUCCUAGCAUGUCGACCCAUCGAAGCAUUCUGGGAUACAUCCGUCAAGGCCACGUGCCUCGACCUUGUCCACUUUACCUACUUCACCAACAUCACCAAUAUGGUUACCGAUGUAUGGAUUUUUCUUAUGCCAGUACCCGUCAUCUGGCACCUGCAACUACAGACGAAGAAGAAACUCUUGCUCUGUUUCAUAUUCUCGAUAGGCAUAGCCACUUGUGUUGUUUCCGCCAUUCGCCUAACGGUAGUCCUCGGUCACGGUUACGCUGAUUUCACAUGGAGCUACGUUCCGCUUGGUGCUUACUCUGCUUUCGAGCCUCUCGGAGGCAUCCUCUGCACCAACCUACCUAUCAUCUGGCACAUGUGGCGCAAACAAAGAAAAUCGGAAGCGCUUUUGCCCGGAUCCUCGCUCUUCCGAUCUAAGCACUCGUCGGCAGUAACACCGAGCUCACACGAAUCGCGCCGUAGCCGCAUCGCACGCUCCCUUGGACUCAGCACUGUAGACCAGACUGGCACCGACAGCCAGGCUAGAACGAUGCUUGACGCAGAGGAAGGCAGUUCUGGUUUCGGAGAGUCUAGCACGACCAACCGCGAACGCGCGCUCUUCUUUGGAAAAGUCGAAAGAAUUCAUACGCAGACACAAGAGAUGGCGGAAACCGAUAAUAGGGCGGACUCAGGCUCAAAGCGAACGAGGAGUGCUAGCGAGAGUGGAUCGUCGCGUGGACCUAGAAAUCCGAAUCUCAAGAAAACCGUGUGGGAGGUAAGAAGGAAGAGAUAG